AUGUCACUAAAACGAAACAUGGAUAAUUAUGUGUUCGUCCCUACUCUGGUUAGACCUAAAAGUUGUGGGACAUUGCGUUUGAGGGGCACAUCCAUUUUUGAUAUUCCACUCAUUGAUCCUAACUUUUUGGGAAACCCUGUGGACAGACAGGCAUUUUUAGAGUUAGUCUCUGACACCUUCCGUUUCGUAGAGACGUCCCAAUUUUCGCAGUACGCAUACGUCAACCCACGUCCCAUACCCGGCUGCAAGUACUGCGAUACGGGACCGGUAUAUAAAUGCACUCAAUAUUUAAAGUGUCUUAUCAUGCAAACCGGUAUUUCCUUAUAUCAUCCGGUGGCCAGUUGUAAAAUGGGUGACCCUUCCAGACCCGACACUGUAGUCGACCCCCGGCUACGAGUGAAAGGUGUGAAACACUUACGAGUAGUCGACUCAUCCAUAUAUCCGACGAUAAUCAACGCCAACACAAACGCGGCGGCGAUGUUGGCCGGAGAGAAGGGCGCCAUUUUGAUUAGCCAGGACAACCCAUAA